GCCAAAGAAGGAAAAAUAAUACAAAUCAAUGAUUUGAGAGUUAGAAGACUGAAAACUCUGGGAAGACUGUCAAAAAGAAGUUCCUGUGUCUGGGCAGGGAGAAGGAUCCAAUGGGAAUUCCCCUGUUUUGGUGGGAUGAGUAUAUUUCGGGUCUGGCUUGAGUGGAAAGGGGCGUGAUGCGAAACAAGCGACACCUCCCUGUGAUCCAGUAAAGGUGUGUCUCUACCUCGGCACGCCUAUGCCUUGGAAAGUUAAUACUCUCUGUACUCCGUUGGCGUCACCUUUCGCUCCUGUCUGAGUCGUCGGUUCUGUGUGGGGCUGCCAUUCCCCCUUCGCAAGCCAGUUUUCCAACAUGUCAUUGCGAAUGCGACCAGGGAGCUCGUCCACCGUCUCGGAAAAUUCGUAUUACGAGAGUAUUGAGCGCGCCAGUUCUCCCAAUCCCAUGUUCAACAUGCAAGGGCAGAAGCACUACAUCGCCGUUGGUAGUCCCACCGCCACCGUCACCAGGGUAAUCCGACAGGGCGGUGGUCCCCAGAUCAUCGAACGGGUACAAGAUGAUGAACAAUAUCAUCGUGGAAAUGAAGUUACCUACGUACAGAGCAGCCAUGGGCAAUUGGGGCUGACAAACCCUGCAGAGAUACAAAACAGACAGCAUCAGUACGUGCUGGCCCAAAGCAUGAAAGGAAUAAAUGUGCCCAAAGAUUCAGAAGUCAUCGUACAUAAAACGUACUUGACGGUUGAUCAACUUCCUUCCAUACAGGUAUACAAUGACACCAGGGACUUUCAAUCCUAUCAGAACAUCGGAAACUCACAAACCCACUGGGAAAAAGUCAAGUAUAAUGAAAGCCCCACACAAAAUGUGCAUAGCCCUGUGCAGCUUCUGAGCCCUCCCGGUGAACGCUUCAGGUCUCGGAGUGCUCGAAGCUCUGUUACGUCUCAAGAACUUGACAUGCGAUCUGAUGGAACCCAUGUGAGAUACCCUGAAAGACGGAGUCCAACACCAGUCAGAGUUCAGAGUCCUCAAACACGUCAAAUCAAGAGUGCGAUGGAUUAUGACAGUCAUAACACAGAGAAAUUGGAUCCUCGCUACUUUGGUGAGCUGCUGGCUGAACUGAUGUGCAAAACCAGUGAAGUCCACAACAUCCUGGUGGAAAAUAUACAGAAAAUAAAGGGAAAACAGAGCAUGUUGGAAAUGAAUAUUGACCUUGAUGGUGGUAAUGAAAAUGUUGAAGAUUUGAUACCAAAAGGGGUAUCUGAAUUGACAAAACAACACUUGCGCUAUAUCUUGCAGAUGAGGCUUACUGUGGACAAAUCCUUGCGACUUCUCUUGGCCACUUUCAGCAGUCUACGUGAAGACCUGCUCCAUCUGCAAGAUGACCUCAGUAAACUUGCCACAGACAAGGAAAUGCUGGAAAAAGACUUGAGUUUUAAAUCGCAGCAAGUCACAGAAUACUUAAAGCUCUUGGAGUCUGUACGAGAGAACAAUCGACUGCUGCAGAGUGCCAUAAAGGAGAGUGGUUCAAACAACCGAUCCCUUGAGGAUUUGAUCUUGUCUCUGAAGGACUCAGAGGCUGAUAAACAAUUCCGUGUGAAAGAGCUGGAAUGCAGCAAAAGAGCACUGGAACAGGAAAAUGAGCUACUUCGGCGACAGUUAAGCAAGAGUCCAACCACCACUGCAAUACUUAAUACAGAAAUUUCAAAUAAUUACUAUGAAAUGGUCAAUAAACUCCAUGAAGAAAAGGACAAGGAGAUCAGUGCUUUAAGGUCGCAAAUCAACAACAUGAAACGAGAAAUGUCAUCAGGGCAAGACAGUACCAGCAGCUUGCAAAUGAAGUUAAUGCAAUACAGUAAUAGCCUAACUGAGAAGGAUUCCAUUAUCCAAAAAAAGAAUGAGGAAAUCAUGAGACUGAAAUCUUCAUCACUUGGGUCAAAUAAUGUGACGCAUACAAUCAUCACAAAACGAUACCUUGAUUAUCCAAUUCUGGGCCUUUUGAAAGAUGCUAAACCAAAUUCACCAAGUAAAGAAUUAAAGACUGUUUUAAUUCAAAGGAAUGGAAGAUUUUAAGCAAAACAAAAACACAGGAAUUCGUUUCAGCAUACUGAAGACUAAUUGAAUGCAGUGGGAGGUACUUAAUGGUUUUCGCAACAGAAAUUACUCAACAUUUUCUCAUUUCAUGGUGUCCUUUCUUGCUUAGCCAAAAUGGAUUUUGAAGGGUCUGUAUUAGUUUACUUUAAAGUGCUGUUUAUUAUUGUUUAGUAUAUUAUUGAAGGCUGUAGGUAUGAGGGUUUGCUAUUUUAGUUUGUAAUGUUAGAAUGAAAUCAAAUGUAACAAAAAAGGUGAAUGCUAUGAAGAAUAAAGUGCAUAAACUGGGAAAGAAAAUAAAUGCAAGCUAAGAGAAUACCCAAUUAAUGAGCCAGUGCUUCCUCUUUGCAUAUUGAAUGGUGAUAAGUUUUGGUUAAUUGUGUAUUAUUAUAUGAAAGGCUUUUUUAAAACUAUGUUUAGUGCCAUUUUCACUUGGGCAAAACUGAUUUCCAAGUAGCAAUACACAAAAGAGCAUUUUAUUUGUCAUUGCUUUUAUUUACUUGUAAAUGCACCCAAGUAUAUGUAUGCCAAUAAUUAAUUAGGUAUUUAUAAAAAUGGAUGACCUUUUUGUUCUGAAGACAUUUUGCCGUUGGAUUGUGUUUUAUUGUAGAUGACUAAUUCAUCAGCAUUCUAUAUAGAUUUUAAGGUGUAUAGAAUUUCUUGGUGACUUUGAAUAAUUUUUUUCUAAAGAUUAAAUUUUAUUUAUAUUUAAAAUAACAUUUGCCAAUUAAGAACUAGUGUUCUCUGAACAUUAAUACACCUUACUUUGAAGUACUGACAAUGACAUCAACCAUUCUAAUUUUAAACAAGAUCUACCCAUUUUUGUUCCAAACAAUAAUGUUUGUAUUAAGUGAAAUACCACUGAUUCAAAUUUUAGAGGCUUGGAGAAUAAAACUGAUCAUUAUAUACAUUGUUUAUUUUAGACUUUGUGGCUAAAGAAAAUUACUCCCAGUGUGCUUUUUUUGUGCAAUAAGCAACUUCAAAGUUUUGCAACUGACUUUAUUAUGUACAUAUCUCAACUAUUCAUUUGAAUGUUGGAAAUUGUUAACUGUAUCAUCCUACCAGUCUCUUAAACAAUUGUAUAAAUUUAACACUUCCUUUUAUUUCAUACAUGCUGGGAUGUUAGAAAUUGCUUUGUUUUAAGUUAAUACAAAUAGAUCUUUUUUUUGUAUCGCUUGGAAGCUUUUAAGGCUAUGAUAAUUUAAAAGUAGCCAACACCACAGAAUGAAUUUCUAUGUAUCCAUGAAAUUUAAAAAAAUAAAAU